AUGCAGAAAACAGCGCUUGUCAAUCUCACAGAGAAAUCAAAGAAAACACGUUGCUCCUUUCAAGAUGAAUUAACAGGUUGUGUUGAAGUUCAGAAAAGGACAGAUCUAGAGCCAAGAAGGGAUUUAGGAAAAGAAAAAGAGGAAGAGUUUCAAGAUAAAAACAUUGAAGGCAGAGGUGACCUUGGUGAGGUUGUAUCUUCAAACUUGAGGUGUGAACAAGGCGAGCAUUCCAGCCUUUUCUCAAAAAAACAGUCUCCUACAAACGGGGAAAAGAGAUUGCCAAGCUGGUCAACAGCUUGUGAGCAUGCACUAGAAAAGACACCUAAUUGUCUCUCUAACAAGGGAUACUGUAAAGAAGAACAAAUAUCUGAGGUGGCCACCAUCAGAGAUAAGAGCUCCAGCCAUUCAGAAUCUAAAGGCAACUACAGGCUUGUGCUUGCUGAAACUUCUACCAGCUCAUACAGAAACGAACAGGAAUCUCAGAUAAAACAUUUCAAAGAACACAUCAGUGAAGAGCUGGAGUAUAAAAAAGAAGCCACAAAGCAGAAAAGAAAGAAAAAUAGUGAAGGUGCAGAUUGUGGAAAAGAAAACGAGAAUAAAAAGAGAAUUAAAUUUAAGCUAGACUUGGUAAAUGAAAAGAAGUCAAGAACUUCUAAAGGCAAAACACUUAAGGAGAACCCCCCAGAGAAAGAAAGAAAAAAGGAUAAUAAGAAGCCUCAGGCAAAUAUCAAAACAGAAGAGGAGCUACCCUGGGAUGAGUCUAUCUUUGAAUAUUGA